AUGAAAACCCUACCAUCUAGAAUCUCGUUUGCCAAACUCCGCCGCCGAUCUGUAACCGCUUGGGACCACAUCUUCUCCGACCAUAUCUUCUCCGACAAUAUCUUCUCCGACAAUAUCUUCUCCGACUGCCUUAAAAUGGAUUUACCAGAACUCCUGCCGAGGAUGUUUAAAUUAGGAGAAGAACCCGCUGCAACCAGGAGCAUUUCGUAUCAUUCUGAUGACACGAAGUUGUUUAAAGCUCUAUGUGAUUGUCUCACAGCUGACGAAUAUGAGGAUCUGAAGGCGUCGAAGCUGGGAGUGUUCAUCAAGUUCAAGGAGCUUGGAUUUGGUUGGACUUCAAGGCUGGUACAUUUUAUUCUCUGUUUCCAGCUGGACAUCAAGAAGAAGUUUGAGCUCUGGAGUCUUGUCGUUUUACAACCUGUGAGGUUUUCACUGAUAGAGUUUGAACACCUCACUGGUCUGAACAGCGAUUACAUCAAGGACCUGGAAAAUCCAAGGUGUGAGGUUACGAAGGAGAUGGCUGCUUUCUGGGAGAGGAUGGGUGUUGAUCUCGAUACUGGGCCAAGUAUUGAACAGAUAACAAAAGCAUUUUACAGAUACGACGAGUGGUCUCGGGAUGAUCGCAAGCGGCUGGGAUACCUUGCCAUCUACGCAGGAUACAUUGAAGGGAAAAAGUUCUUAACCGCUACACCGGCUAGUCUUGCAAGGCUAGUGCUGAUGGAUUCUCUGAAGGCAAAAGACUUGACGGAAACAGGUUACACUGUUGAUGGGUUUAUACAAGUCCUCCAAGUGUGGGCGUACUAUGCUAUGCCAGAAUUGGGUGCUAAUUAUGGGUCUCCCGUACCAGACAGACCAUCUCCACUGUUGCUUGCUUACAAGGGUGGCCAAGGACGACGCAGAUGUUUUAAGUCGGGUAUCAACAGACAGAUUAAUGUGAACAACUUUGUUCAGAAGGAUCUUGAUGAAAUGUUUCCAGAAUGGGACGGAGACGUAGAGGACCCUGCCGCGGAUAACAUAAUUAAAGUCAUGUUUAAUGAUCCUGGAUGGAAGUGGACCAUGGACUGCUGGCAAGUCACCGGUACUCACAAGGUUGUGAAGAUGGAAGUGAGUCCAGUGAAGACAGAAGUGAGUCCAGUGAAGUCAGAGAGUGUUGUGAAGGAAGAAAGUAGCAGACCUAGGAAGAAAGCUCGUAAAGGGUCUUCUGUUUCUGCUGAGGCACCUGAAGCGGGUAGUGAUGGCUUUGGGAUGACUAAAGGGCCUUCAAGGACAUAUCUGAUGCCAUGA